AUGACGCACCUCACCGACCGAUUAGCCGCUUCCGAAGCUGCUCUCGCCUCUGCAACCCGGCAGACUGAGCGCACGUCGGCCCAGCACGCCGAAGAAGUUGCCUCUUUGCGAGCGCUAUGUACUGUGUGGGAAGGUAGAUGGCGGCAGGAACAGUGUUUGAGGGAGGAGGCGGAGGGACAGCUUGCUCGGGUGGUUGGAGCUGAAGGCUUAAAUACCCAUGCAGCCCGGCGGAUCACGACUGUACGGCUGGCAUCGGCACGUACUCCACGCCGCGCACACGAACGCCGCGAAUCGGGUGCUUCCGCAUCCUCCGAAGCCAGCUCCUACCGCUUGUCCCGCCAAUCACCCGCUGUACUGUCGCCCAGUCGACCCGAGAAGCUCAAGACGCAAAGUCGAGCGCUGAUUGCUCAACUUACGCACGACUUGCGAACUUCUGCUCACGAGCAUGCACGUGCUCUGACGGAGAAGGACGACCAGAUUGCUUCGCUCACUGCCGACCUCGCCGUCCGUCGCGACGAGCUUUCCAACCUCUACGCCUCGCUCGACUCGCUACUUCCGCUGCGGGGGAACGGCGCUGUUAUUGCUAGCACCGCUGUGUCCGCUGUUCUCUCAGGCCCGCCUGACACAGCCGCGCCGGGUCGAAUGGUACACGACGACGAGACGCUCAAGCUGGAGGAGGAAGUGCGGGCACUCGAGGAGGAGAUCGCUCGCCUCGAUGGCAGCGGAGGGCGAGGCGAGCAGGACAAUGCGUCGACGCUGAGCGUGGCACCGACGAACGGCUCGGCGCAGGACGGGGCGGAGGAAGGCUUGGCUGAACAGCAAGCCCGUAACGUCAUCAAGGAGCUUGAACGCCAGCUUGUUGUGACAGAAAUGAGGCUGAGGGAGGUCGAGAACGAGCGAAGUCAACUGCGACGAUUGCUGGAAGACCAUGCUGCAGGUCUCGCGAGGAACGUUCCCGCGACAGAACUUGCCGAACGGGUCCAGCGAGCAGAGGCUGAACGGGAUCGGCUUGCCGCACUGCUUGCGACUUCCGAGGAAGAAUCGCAGUCCCUCCAAGCCCAGCUCGCCGCUACACAUCAAUCGCUCGACACGCUCUCCGCCCGAGUCCGCCGUAAGCUCGUCGAGCAGAAGACGCGCUUAGAAGAAGCUCAGCAACAGAUUGCACGGCUGUCGGAUGAGCUACGGCGAAGCGAGCGGGAGAGACAGUAUCUCGACGACUGGAUCAGGCGUAACAGUCGUAAGGAACGGAGUCGACAUCAUCCAGAGCGUCGAGCGGCAGAAAAUAGUCCAGAAGACGGCUCAGGAGGGGCAAUUAGCGUAGACUGA